GCAAUCCCUACUGCCAUGGCACUUAACAGUUUGAAAGGUGUUUCACGCCCUAAUGUCAUUGCAACCUUUGCAACAGCCCUGCCAGUGGCCACCAAUGCCUCCAUUUUACGCACAAGCAAGCAGAGGCUCCACAAAGCAGCCUCCUGCUCCCAGGUCCACGCAGCUGCUGGCUGCCGGAUUAGAACUUGUAUCCCUGAGGCAGCUCCGGGCUCCUCCCCUGGCCGCCCCUCCUCCACGCCGCCUCUGGCUGUGCUGGCCAGGAGCCUCACCGAGGCUACAGAGCUCGGUUUGGUUCCGGCCUCUUUCCUUCUCUGCUGUGGAUCUUGGGCACGUGGCCAGGCCCCCACGGUGGCGGCGGCUCUGACUGUGGGCACGGUCCUCCAAAACCCCUGAGCAGGCACCAUGGACUGGAAAAAGCUGCAGGACCUAUUGAGCGGUGUGAACCAGUACUCCACGGCGUUCGGGCGCAUCUGGCUGUCAGUAGUGUUCGUCUUCCGCGUGCUGGUGUAUGUGGUGGCGGCUGAGCGUGUGUGGGGCGACGAGCAAAAAGACUUCGACUGUAACACCAAGCAGCCUGGUUGUACCAACGUGUGCUAUGACAACUUCUUCCCCAUCUCCAACAUCCGCCUCUGGGCCCUGCAGCUCAUCUUCGUCACGUGCCCCUCUCUGCUGGUCAUCCUGCACGUAGCCUACCGCGAGGAGCGGGAACGGAAGCACCGCCAGAAACACGGCGAGCACUGCGCCAAGCUGUACAGCCAUCCGGGCAAGAAGCACGGCGGCCUGUGGUGGACCUACCUGUUUAGUCUCAUCUUCAAGCUUGUCAUUGAAGUGGUCUUCCUGUAUGUCCUGCACAAGCUCUGGCAUGGCUUUGCCAUGCCACGUCUGGUACAGUGUACCAAUGUGAUGCCCUGCCCCAACACCGUGGACUGCUACAUCGCGCGGCCCACGGAGAAAAAAGUCUUCACCUACUUCAUGGUUGGGGCCUCCGCCCUGUGCGUUAUUCUCACCAUCUGUGAGCUCUUCUACCUCAUCUUCCACAGGGUCAUGCGAGGCUUGAGUAAGGGCAGGGCUUCGAAGAGCGUCAGCCCCCCAAAGUCCUCCAGCCAGGCCUCCACCUGCCGCUGUCACCACAAGCUGCUGGAGAGUGAGGAUCUCCAACCAGACCCAGCCAGCGCUAAGGUGCAGGCUUCCGCACCCAACCUGACCCCCAUUUGAACCACCACGUGCUGAAGGAGAGGCAAGGCAGGGAGGGGGCUGCAGGUGGAGGGGUGG